UUGCUUGCUUCCACUUAUACCAAAAAAUAUCUCCAACCAAGCCAAGACCCGCGUUUUCUCGUGACUUCCUCAACAUGAGGAACUUUUCAAAGAACAAGUUCCUACUCUGUUUUCGCCCUGUUGUCCACAUAGAUGCCAUGCUCCAAACCAAAGUUGCCACACAUCGUUCAACUAGUUGUCGUUUCUCAUGCAUCCCCGCUUCACACAAAAACGACAUAGUCAAAAGUUCAGACUCCAAAUCUGUUUAUUUCCACCACGUUUCACCAAAACGAACGAUUUCUCGGGCGAUUAAAGCCGUGUUCUUCGAAACCAUUUUGAAUAGGAGAACCCGACAUAAGAAUCGUUAUACCCAUGAUUCUUUUGGAUCAUCAAAGCACGGGUAUUACGCAGAAACCAAAACCCCUUCAUCUUCACCUUCUUCAUGCCCACAGCCACAAUCAUCAUCACAAUCAAAGAACGUGUCAUCCACCAAUGAGAAAAACCGUGAAAGCCCAGUAGAGAAGCAAAACAAGCUCGAGUGUUAUGGAAUAUACUUGAUUCUAAUAAGCUUAGUGUUUACGGUGUUUUGGGGGAAGCUUUUUGGUAUUAUUUUGACAUCAUCAUGGCUCUACGUUUUCUCUGUUUUGGACACAUGCAAUCAAAAGUUGCCAAGUUGUGCAAGGCAUAGACAAAGUCUACUACUACAACAAUGCAAAGAUAGGGGUCAUUAUGGAAAGUGUGCUACAAGGGAAGUACCGUAA